CGGUUCGCAAAUUUUUGUUAGUAGGGGAACACUCGGAGCAACGUCUACAGCCAGUACGGUCGCAAUAUAAUCUCUCUCAUCUCUGAACAUUAACAUCAAAUUUGACAAUGACUGACGUUAGAACCGAUCUUAUGACCAGCAGUGCUGAUCCCAAAAAUGUACAAGACCUGACUCAGUUCGUACAGCAGCUUUUACAACAAAUGCAAGACAGAUUCCAGCAGAUGUCUGACCAAAUUAUUACAAGAAUUGAUGAUAUGGGAGGACGAAUUGAUGACCUGGAAAAGAACAUUGCUGACUUGAUGACCCAGGCUGGUGUAGAUGAAGGUGUAGGACCUUGAACUCACAGUAUUUAGCUUCCAGUUUGCCCAAUACUAGAUUGCUGUUAAUGAAGAAUGUGUAUACAAAACUACUUAUUAUAAAAUAUAAUGAUUUUUAAAUGGCUUUAAAAAAUGUUGUGCAAACAAAUAAUUUAAAUAAAAUUAAAUCAUAUCAUGCUUAAUAUUAAUCGAUUGGCACUGUUCAAAUUUGUGGUCUUUUUUGUGUGUGUUAUGUUUGUCAAACCAUAAUCUUCGCCCAUGCUGGACUUGUAUAUUUUUUACCCCUAUUUUUCCAUGUAUGAAAACAAUCUGAAAAAGAUAAUCUUGAAGAAUUUUAUAAGAAUAUUACCUCCAAAUGAAGAUGCAACUUUUUGUUAAUAUUAUGUCACUUUUAAAGUUCAGUUUGUGACACAUGUAAGUUAAUAUCAUCAGUUAUUGUUAUUUUGUGACUGACAAUAUUCUUGUUGGUGCUUAUUUUUUUAAAGAAAACAAGUUAAUCCUAAACAAUAUUGUUUUUUCCCCAUCUGAAAUCAGCUUUAUCGUCCAAAACUUUGCUUGUGUGUGAAUUUUUCUUUCCUUUGUUUACUGUGAUCAUUUAUUUGUUUACUUCUGGUGGUUGGGAAAUAAAAAAAAACUUUCUGUACA